CACCUUUAAGAGGCAGUCGGCGUGCCUGUAGCUGAAGGUCACUAAAGCACUGAGGCUCUCCGCGCUGCGGUCCAAUAUAGCGCAUGCGCCCCGCCCGGGGACCGCCAGACAGACCGCAAUAUGGCGAGAAUGCCUGGCAGCGGGGACCGCGACGCCGACACAGGGGGCACGGAGCCCGGGCACGUCGGCAGCGACGGGGAGGACGACAUCCAGGAGGUACAGAUCACCGGGGACGAGGAGGAGGAGGACGACGACGACGACGAGGAUGAGGACGACGAGGAUGCGGGACUCGAGUGGGAGGCGGAGAGCGUGGAGCCCGGCGCGGAGAGCGAGGCGAUCCUCGCGCGCGGCACGGAGCGGCGCGGUGCGCUGCGCGCGGCGCCGGAGCGCCUGCACGUGCCCGGGCCGGACUCGGAGGCGGAGGCGGAGCUGCACCGAGCGGAUCGCUCCCGCCUCAGCGAGAACACGCGCCUGGCCACCAGGUACGCGGUGCGCAUCUUCCGCGAGUACCUGAGCGAGAAGUCGCAGAGUCCCGACUUCGAGAGCAUGGACAAGGAGGCGCUGUGCGCGGUGCUGCGCUCCUUCUACGCGGAGGCGCGCUCCAAGAGCGGGCAGCUGUACAGCAAGUCGUCCCUCAUCAGCAUCCGCAGCUCGCUGAACCGCUACCUGAACGAGCCGCCCUACUGUCGCACCCUGGACCUCACCAAGGACCCCGAGCUGCGCAGCGCCAACCUGACGCUCGCCGCCGUCAUCAGGAAGCUGGAGGAGCAGGGCGCGGGCCCCGUGGUGCAGAAGCAGGCGAUCACGCGCGGCGACCUCAGGAAGCUCUACACGUCCAGCGUGUUCAACACGAGCACGCCCUUCGGGCUGCUCAACAAAGUGUGGUUCGAGACGUGCAUGUACUUCUGCACGCGCGGCCGCGAGAACCAGCGCGAGCUGGAGGAGGACUCGUUCGGGCUGGCCGUGGACGAGGACGGCAGGAAGUUCAUCUACUUCAAAGCGCUGGGGCCGUACCACAAGUCGCGCUCGGCGUCCUGGAGCAAGAGGAGGAGCGACGGGGACGAAGACAGCCUGCCGCGCAUGUACGAGACGGGCACCGAGUUCUGUCCGUACGCGAGCUUCGUCAAGUACGUGUCCAAGCGGAACCCGCUGUGCCGCGCGUUCUUCCAGAGACCGCGCGACCACUGCGGCGACGCGGACUCCACCUGGUACGAGAACAAAGCCAUCGGCAAGAACCUGCUGGGCACGCGCAUGCAGAUGCUCUCCAGGGCUGCCAAGCUCUCCAAGACGUACACGAACCACUGCAUCGGCGCCGUGUCCGUGGCCACCCUGAACGGCAUCGCGGGCAUCGGCUCGAAAUGGGCGCCGCUGCGCGUUGCCCCGGAAACGGUCGGCGACGGGACCGAGCUCCGGUUCAACCUGGCGCUCCCGGCGUUCGCGAGCCCGCUCGACGGCGGCGCCGGCGCGGACGUCAAAGCGCACAAAGCGUCCAAACGGCCGCGACCCGCGCAACCGCCGGCCCCCGAGGAGAUGUCCGGAGCGGCGUCGCCGAAAAAGGUGUGCGUGGGAGCGGCGGAGCGCGCGGAGCGGGAGCCGGCGGCGGACAGCGUGAGCGUGGGGAGAGCAGCCCCGCCGCCCGGCGCGUCGCCCGCCGCGCAGGAUAACCGCUCCAACAUGUCCAGGCCCAUGAUCACCAGGUCGCCUGCGUCACCCCUGAGCAGCCAGGGAAUCCCGACGCCGGCACAGCUCACCAAGUCCAACGCGCCCGUGCACAUAGACGUGGGCGGCCACAUGUACACCAGCAGCCUGGCCACGCUAACCAAGUACCCGGAGUCCAGAAUCGGCCGGCUCUUCGACGGCACGGAGCCCAUCGUUCUGGACAGCCUGAAACAGCACUACUUCAUCGACAGGGACGGCCACAUGUUCCGCUACAUCCUCAACUUCCUGAGGACCUCCAAGCUCCUCAUCCCCGAUGACUUUAAAGACUACAGCCUGCUGUACGAGGAGGCGCGCUACUUCCAGCUGCAGCCCAUGCUGAGCGAACUGGAGCGCUGGAAGCAGGACCGCGAACUGGGCCGGGCCUCUCGACCCUGCGAGUGCCUGGUGGUCCGCGUGGCGCCCGACCUGGGCGAGCGCAUCAGCCUGAGCGGCGACAAGGCACUCAUCGAGGAGGUCUUCCCCGAGAUCGGCGACGUCAUGUGCAACUCGGUGAACGCGGGCUGGAACCACGACUCGACGCACGUCAUCCGCUUCCCGCUCAACGGCUACUGCCACCUCAACUCGGUCCAGGUGCUGGAGCGGCUGCAGCAGCGCGGCUUCGACAUCGUGGGCUCGUGCGGCGGCGGCGUGGACUCGUCGCAAUUCAGCGAGUACAUCCUGAGGAGGGAGCUGAGGAGGGGGCAGCGCGGCUCGUCGGUCAUCCGGAUAAAACAGGAGCCGUUGGACUAGGGCAGGCCGCCCCGCCCCGCCCCGCCCCGUCCCGUCCCGUCCGGUCCCGCCCCGCCCCGCGGGACUCCUCGCCUUCUCCUCCUCUCGCUUUUUAUUGCAUUGACUGAAUCUGGAGAACAACGGCAACAAACGCAGGAAUUUCUUACCGAAAGGCCCGGCCCCUCGCCGACGUCCGGACCCACCGUCCCUCCCCCCGGAGGUCGCCGACGGGCCCGUGUCAUACGACACCUCAUCUCAGCCGCAUCAGAUCCAUUCCAGAAUAAGAAGUUUGUUUUAAAACUUUGGGACUACGUGUGUUAAGGUGUCAUUGCCAUGCGGCGGAGCAGAUAGCGCCGAUGUUCGAACCACGUGUUCCGACCCGGCGGCUCCUCCACCUCCUGCUCCUCCUCCUCCUCCUCCUCCUCCCCUUCCUCACGCUCCUCUUCCUCGCUGCUUCAUUACCAGGCGAAUAUGGGCAGCGGGAGAGUGCUGGGAGCAGCAGCGACACAUCCGUUGUUCCAUUUCAUUGGAAUAGUCUUGUGUUAAAUGCAAGAUGAACACAUCCCAACAUCUGUCCAUGUCGUGAGCAUAACGUCAUUCUGAAUAUGCGUGGAUUAAACCGAGGCGAUUUUAUCUCACAAUUAAAGAGGAAAAAUUUUAAAAUAUGAAAUGUGUCUUCUUGGAACAGAGGGGUGCAGUUUGUACUCUAGUUAGGGUAGCGAGAAUGUUCCCUUUGUAUGUAAGAGGACAUACGUUGGACUUUACUAAAAGGAGAAUAAUAUUUUGACAAAGACACACACGCACGCACACACUUUGCCUGGGAGGUCUAACCCAGCCUAAACUAAAUAGAUCCGGGACUGAAAGUACACAUUUGUUACAAGGUGCCAUUAAAGGAGGAAAUGUGUCCAUGUAAAAUGAAAUACAGUAUUUUUGCUUCUUUUUUUUUUUUAAUUUUGAACAAAAAAAACCCCACUUUUUUCGCUUAUGAAUUACACUGCUUGCUUGAGUCUUACCGGGAUUUUCAGCAUCAGGGUCCUUCACUUGCCCCAACUCAUAGCGACGAGGAGCAGGCAGACAGCCGUCCAUCUUCACAACAAACCAACGUUAUGAAUACGUUCCGAAAAGGAAAAUGUCACGUUUCAGCCGAACGCGUGGUGCCGGAACAACAGGAACGCUGUUCAGAAAUUACUGUUGGGUAGAGCCGACGUGCGCUCUCGCGUUGCGCAAGCUUGC